GGACCGGCUCUGCGGCGUGCGCGUGCUGGACCUGGGCGCGUGCGCCUCCGACGAGGCGCUGGCCAGACUGUGGGGCCGGCUGCCGGCGCUCGAGGAGCUGGGCUGCGUGGGCUCGCCCGGCCUCUCCGACGCCGGGCUCGCGCACCUCGCAGGUCCGGCGCCCGGCGGCGCCGACGCCGGCGCCCACGGGUGUCGGGCCGCGCUGCGGAGGGUGGACAUCACCUGCUGCCCCGGGACCAGCUACGGCGCCGCCGUGGCGUUGCGACGCCGGCUGCCCGGACUGGAGCUGGUGCGGAGACUGCCCGCGUGGCUGGAGGGGCGGUUCCUCACCCCGUUCGGCGGCGACGGCCCCGAGGUCCACACGUACUACGCGGACGGGGCGUUCGAAUUCACGCGGAGUGUUCAGUCUCGCGGUUAUGUGCGUUACCUGCGGCACAGCGACGACGGCUCGUUCAUGAAGGACUCGCUCCAGUAUUCGAACUUUGUUGGGGAGUGGCCGCUGUGGGCGAAGUUUUUCUACUGCCCCGGCGUGUCGGUCAAGUAUCCAGCUGAGCCGUCGCCCGGGGCCGUGCGCAGCGUGCUCGUGGCGCAGGCGCUCGGCGAGGUGGAGGCCCCGGAGGCCUGGCCGGCGGUGCCCGACGAGGGCGUGCCGCUGGGCGGCAGCGUCAUGGUGCGGGAGGACCCGGAGGCAGAGGAAGGACGGCUCGCACAUGCCGCUCGGGACAGGUGUGUCCGACGCGGCCGCGCAGGGCGCCGUAGCGAUGGUGUCGCGCAUGGAGGUGCUCGCGCCCGAGAGGAGCAUGCCGCCAGAGGACCUGGUCGCCGAGAUCGAGGCGUUCGAGCGGGAGAGGCGCGAGUUCGAGACGCAGCAGGAGCACCUCUUGCCCUUCCUGGAAGACCACAUGAGACGACUGCUGCGAAGCACGUGAGGCUCGGCUGCUGGAGGGCCUCGCAGGGACAACUCGGUUCCCCCCUCCACUCUACCUCGUGCAUAAGAGUGCCUCUCGCCGACAGAAAAGCUGUGUUUCUCUCCGGCGGGCCUCAUCUCACCAGGUGGUCGCCAAUGUACACGCGGCGCCUCGUGCGACAUCGAGGUGCAUGCGGACACAGCUUUCGAGACAGGUGAUUCGCGAACUAGCUCACGGCAUGAGGUGCGCCAGUAAUGUAGUGCAUCGCAGUGUGCAGAUUCGAGCCUGCUUGAGGCCAUGUGGUCUUGAGCUCCGAAAUGGCUACAGUCAUUCUACGCGUCUGCUCGCGUACCCACGUCUGCGAAUAGCCAGAGGAGGACAACGAUACAUGUCCACCUCGUUGCGGUGAACCGGAGGCGAGCGAGGAGGGGAAGUUUCGGGUUCAAGUUUCGAGGUAGUCUGGCGCUAUCGUUGGUUCUCGGCGGUCUUCCGAACCUCGGGAUUCGUUCCAGCAGCUGCGCCUGGCCGACAGCGUUCUGGGGUCUCCAGGAUCGUCCCGAACAGCUGACGGAGG